GCAUUUUCCAAUCGACAUUGUUUUUUCAACCACAAUCAUGGCCCCCGUAGCAGAAAAAGUCCAGGCGGCACCCGCAACCCACAAGCAGCCCUCCCGUAAGGGUAAGAAGGCAUGGCGCAAGAACGUCGACAUUACCGAGCUGCAAGAAGGCGUUGAAGAUGUUCGCGAGCAGAUUAUUCAAGGUGGUGUUCUGACUGAGAGACCUGCCGAACAACUGUUCGUUAGCGACGUUAAGGGCGCCGACGAUGUCCAAGCCGACUUCAACAAGCGCCACAAGCCUCUCAAGGCCGACGAGAUCAUUGCACAACGCUCAAAGGUCCCCGCAGUAGACACCAGGAAACGCAAGUCUGAUGGAAUCGCAACUGGAAGCAGCAAGCGUAGCAAGAACGGCACCUACGUCUCACACAAGGAUCUCCAACACUUGCGCAGCGUCGCGAACUCUGGUGGUGCCCAGUCCGACAUCAUCAAGGCCACCGAGAGCGCAGACCACGACCCCUGGGGCAUGGAGCCCAUCCCUCAGGACCCCAGGUUUAACUUCAUCCCCGAGAAGAAGGCCAAGGUCGCCCCCAAGACUCUGAAGUACGCCCCCAUCUCACUGGCCGCCAACGGAAAGCCUUUCGCCGCUGUACCCAAACCUUCCGCUGGAAAGAGUUACAACCCUACAUUCGAGGACUGGGAAGCACAUGUCACAAAGGUUGGCGAGCGUGAGGUCGCUGCCGAACGCAAGCGUUUGGAGGAGGCUCAAGAGGAACACGAUCGCUUGGAGAAGGCUCUUGCUGAGGCCGCAAGACCUGAGCCAUCGACCGACGACGAGUACCAAUCAGCAUACGAGAGCGAGUGGGAAGGUAUUCAGAGCGAAGCCGAGGAUUCUGAAGCCGUCACCAAGAAGCGCCCGGAGAGAAAGACACCAUCUCAAAGAAACAAGAUCAAGAGAAGAAAGGAGCUGGAGCACCAGGCAAAGUGGGACAAGCAAAUGAAGAAGAAAAAUGAGCAACUAGAGCGUGUCAAGGAGAUUGCCCUGCAACUCGCCGAGAAGGAGCGUCUUCUGGAAGAGCAAAAGGCAUUGCAACCUGCUAGCACUGGUGCCGAGGCCGAGAUCAAUGAUGAUGAUGACACCCAGCUCUUGCGCCGUCGCAAUCUUGGUAGACAUGCCGUUCCUGAUGCACCCCUCGAGGUUGUUCUUGCCGACGAACUUCAGGAUUCCCUUCGUGCACUACGACCCGAAGGCAACCUUCUCAAAGACCGCUACAGAAAUAUGUUGUUGAACGGCAAGCUCGAGACUCGCCGCACCAUGCAACACAAGAAGCCUAAGAGAGAGGUCACCGAGAAGUGGAGUUACAAGGACUGGAAGCUACGCUAGAUGCAGUAUGGUCUCGUGUACCCUGUGGUGAUGGAUAAGCAAGUUUCGAUGAGGUUCUUUACAUGUUCUUGAUACCAGUGGCGCGUCUGGGUUCUUUGUUGCAUCUGCCUGGCGUUGGGGGUUAUUCAUAUAGAGGACAGUGCAUGAGAAUGAUCUGUUAGGAGAUGGCACAAACGGAGAAGAUGGCAUUUGUGAAAGACGGUUCAAAAAAGCUUUCUUUUCUAC